GACGUCACUGCCCCGCGCGCUCCUCACUCUCACAGAUUACCGGGUCUGGAGGUUGGAAGAUGCCGCUGGAGAGGUGACCGCCGUCAGGCUGCCGAGGCUCCCGCUCCCGCCGGCGGGACUCCACCGACACCGACGGCUCGCGGCCCGGAAAUGUGACUGAUGUCCUCGCGGAGGUGAAAGUCGACUGAAGACAGAAGCGCUUCCACCGGGAGGUGUCGAAAGGAGGAGGAGAAGGGGGGAGGGACGGCCGAGGAUAAGAGGAUAAAGGAAAAGGGAAACCGCGCUAAGCGGACUACUGCAGCGCGAGCGCCAUGGGCAGCGGCGCGGAUGAAAGCGCGGUGCGCGUGGCCCUGAGGAUCCGUCCUCAGUUGGCCAAAGAGAAGAUCGAGAGCUGUCACAUCUGUACAUAUGUAAUGCCUGGAGAGCCACAAGUGGUUCUGGGAAAGGACAAGGCCUUCACCUUCGACUACGUCUUCGACAUGGAGUCUCAGCAGGAAACCAUCUACACCCACUGCACGGAGAAGCUCAUCGAGGGCUGCUUCGAGGGCUACAACGCCACCAUCUUCGCCUAUGGACAGACAGGUUCUGGAAAGACCUUCACCAUGGGAACGGGCUUCGACAUCAACAUCGGAGAGGAGGAGCUGGGCAUCAUCCCCCGAGCCAUCAACCACCUGUUCAGAGGCAUCGAGGAGCGCCGGCAGGCUGCCGCCGAGCAAGGCACACCCGUCCCCGAGUUCAAGAUCAACGCACAGUUCCUAGAGCUCUACAACGAAGAGGUUCUGGACCUGUUUGACUCGACUCGGGAGUUGGAGGCCCGGAGGCAGAAAUCCGGCAUCAAAAUCCAUGAAGACGCCAACGGGGGCAUCUACACCGUGGGAGUCACCACCCGGACCGUCACUUCUGCCGCCGAGAUGAUGCAAUGUCUGAAGCUGGGCGCUCUGUCCCGGUCCACUGCCAGCACCCAGAUGAACGUCCAGAGCUCGCGCUCCCACGCCAUCUUCACCAUCCACCUGUGCCAAGUCCGAGUCUGCUCCCCCGAUAACCACGAGAACGAGACAGAUAACCGGCUGGCUAACAAUUCAGAGAUCAAUGAGUUUGAGACUCUGACAGCUAAGUUCCACUUUGUGGACCUGGCUGGCUCUGAAAGACUGAAGAGAACUGGAGCCACAGGAGACCGAGCCAAGGAGGGGAUCUCCAUCAACUGUGGACUACUUGCUCUGGGAAACGUCAUCAGCGCUCUGGGCGACAGAGGCAAGCGCUCCACACAUGUGCCUUACCGAGACUCCAAACUGACCCGGCUGCUGCAGGACUCUCUGGGGGGUAACAGCCAAACAGUGAUGAUCGCCUGCAUCAGCCCGUCAGACCGGGACUUCAUGGAGACCCUGAACACCCUAAAGUACGCCAACCGGGCCCGAAACAUCAAGAACAAGGUGGUGGUGAACCAGGACAGAGCCAGCCAGCAGAUCAGCGUCCUGAGGACAGAAAUCGCUCGGCUGCAGAUGGAGCUGAUGGAGUACAAGGCGGGAAAACGGAUGGUGGGGGAAAACGGCGUGGAGGGAAUAAACGACCUGGUGCACGAGAACUCGAUGCUGCAGACGGAAAACAACAACCUGAGAAUGAGAGUGAAGGCCAUGCAGGAGACCAUCGACGCCCAGAGGGCCAGACUGACGCAGCUCCUCAGUGACCAGGCCAACCAGGCUCUGGCUAAAGCAGGAGAAGGCAGCGAGGAAAUCGGAACCAUGAUUGAGAACUACAUCAAAGAGAUUGAGGAGCUCAGGGCCAAACUCCUGGAGAGUGAAUCCGUGAACGAGAGCCUGAGGAAGAGCCUGUCCCGGGCCUCCACGCGCUCCUCGCUGUUCGCCGGCGCCGGGUCUUUCUCCGCCGCCCUCCUGGCCCCUGAGAAGGAGGCCAACGACAUCAUCGAGAUGGCUAAGAAGAGCCUGGAGAAGCUGAAGAAGAUGGAGAGGAAGAAGAAACGGAGACUGAGGCAACAGGAGGAGGAUGAGCUCCGGGAGGCUCAGCCGACCAGCGCCGUCAAAGAGGGCGUCCCGGACAACGAUCAGGAACGAAUCAGUGAGGAGGCGGAGGCGGAGGGGAGCGAACACGAAGACGGCGAUGAGGAUGGAGAAGAGGAAGACUCCGACGUGGCGGGAGAAGAGAGUUCUGAUGACUCGGAUUCUGAAGAACUGGACGAGAAAGAGAGCGUCCAGGCGGACCUGGCCAACAUCACCUGUGAGAUCGCCAUCAAGCAGAAGCUGAUAGACGAGCUGGAGAACAGCCAGAGGCGCCUGCAGACCCUCAAGCAGCAGUACGAGCAGAAGCUGAUGAUGCUGCAGAACAAGAUCAAAGACACACAGCUGGAGCGCGACAAAGUGCUGCACAACAUGGGGUCGGUGGAGUCGGGUUCAGAGGAGAAAGCCAAAAGGAUCAAGGCGGAAUACGAGAGAAAGCUGAGCUCCAUGAACAAGGAGCUGCAGAAGCUGCAGUCGGCGCAGAAGGAGCACGCCCGGCUGCUGAAGAACCAGACGCAGUACGAGAAGCAGCUGAGGAAGCUGCAGAUGGACGUCACUGAGAUGAAGAAGACCAAGGUGUCCCUGAUGCGUCAAAUGAAGGAACAGCAGGAGAGGAGCAGGGCUGCCGAGUGCAGGAGGAACCGAGAGAUCGCAACCCUGAAGAAGGAUCAACGCAAAGCAGAGGUUCAAAUGAGGCAGCUGGAGGCUCAGAAGCGGCAGCAGGAACUGAUCCUUCGCAGGAAGAACGAAGAGGUGAGCGCUCUGCGGCGGCAGGUGAGGCCCGCAUCUGGGAAGGUGAACAGGAAGGUCAGUCUGCCGGAGCCCCUGCAGGAACAGUCCCAAAGGGGGAUACCUGCCAGGCCGUCCUCAGCGAGGGCAAACGCCUCUAACGGCGCCAGGAGUUCUCUGGUGCGGGGCGGGAGCGCCAGGACAGCCAGGACUAAAUGGCAGUCUCUGGAGAGGCGUGUCAGUGACAUCAUCAUGCAGAGGAUGACCAUCUCCAACAUGGAGGCGGACAUGAACCGUCUGCUGAAGCAACGAGAGGAGCUGGCCAGACGAAGGGAGCGGGCGUCUAGAAAGAGGCAGAAAAUGGCCACAGACGGCGCCGAUGCCGAGCGUUCUUUGGCGUCCAUGAACGAGGAGCUGGAGUCUCUGAGCGCCAACAUCGACUACAUCAACGACAGCAUCGCAGACUGUCAGGCCAACAUCAUGCAGAUGGAGGAGGCCAAGGAGGAAGGCGACACGGUGGACGUCACGGCUGUCAUCAGCUCCUGCAGCCUCUCCGAGGCUCGAUUCCUUCUGGAUCAUUUCAUGACCAUGUCCAUCAACAAGGGUCUACAGGCGGCCCAGAAGGAGUCCCAGCUGAAGGUGAUGGAGGGCCGGCUGAAGCAGACGGAGAUCACCAGCAGCACGCAGAACCAGCUGCUGUUCCACAUGCUGAAGGAGAAAGCAGAGAUCAACCCCGAGCUGGACGCCCUGCUGGGCAGCGCCCUGCAAGAGUUAGGGCUGCUGUCAGCAGGUGCUGAGAAUGGAGACGACAGCAGCAGCGAUGAGUCCACGCCGAGCCCCGCCUCUGACGGCAGCUCUCUGACAUCAGAUCUCAUGAAGUUAUGUGGAGAAACUAAACCAAGAAACAAGGCUCGGAGGCGGACCACCACCCAAAUGGAGCUGCUCUAUGCCGGCAGUGGGGAUCGGUCCUGUGACCCCCCAACUGGAGACUUCCCGGGUCCUCUUCUACCCCUCCCGGAGUUCCUGGAAGGGCCUGCAGGAAAGCAGGGUCAGCCCCCCAGCCGUGAGCCAACCGUCUCCCCGUCUGCGCCGUCCGCCAGGCCGGCUGGGGUAGGUUCUGGAUCCAGAUCGCCUACAGGGAACAGGAGGGAUUUGUUGGAACGCUCCCCCCUCACCCGGCGGAAGAUGCAUGAGAAAGGCCUUCCGGUGUCCCACAUCCCAACACCGACACAGACAGAAACCAGAGCUAAAGCCUCUGAUUCCAAAUCCUUGUUGGAGGAAUCUCCUGUUUUUGAAGGCCACAGAGGGGUGAUCAACCCCGUGUCGGCCCUCAAGAACAGCAGAGGGUGUCCCGUUGUGUGCGUGCACGUGGCGGAAGGACACACCAAACCCGUGCUGUGUGUGGACGCCACAGAUGACCUCCUCUUCACGGGGUCCAAAGAUCGAACGUGCAAAGUGUGGAACCUGGUGACGGGUCAGGAGAUCAUGUCUCUGGCAGAUCAUCCCAGCAGCGUGGCGUCGGUCAGGUACACCUCCAGCCUGGUCUUCACCGUUUCCUCCGCUUACAUCAAAGUCUGGGACAUAAGAGAUUCGGCCAAGUGUAUCCGCACGCUCACGUCAUCCGGACAAGUGGCAUCAGGGGACGCCUGCUCCUCCUCCAGGAGUUUGUCCAUUCCGCCUGGAGAGAGUCAGAUCAGCCAGAUCGCCCUCAACCCGUCCGGCUCCUUCCUGUACGCUGCCGCCGGGAACGCCGUGCGCAUGUGGGACCUCCGGAAGUUUGUGUCCACAGGAAAGCUGACGGGACACACGGCGCCCGUGCUGUGUCUGAGCGUGGAGCGGCUGAGCCACGGCCAGGACGCCACGCUCACCGGCUCCAAGGACCACCGCCUGAAAAUGUUUGAGGUGGCGGAGGGAGUCCAGGGAUGUGUCACCCCCAGCCAUACUUUUGACCCCGCCCACCAGGACAGCGUGGAGUCCCUGGCUGUACAUGGAGAGGUUUUCUACAGCAGCUCCAGAGACUGUUCCAUUCUCAAGUGGGACUUGGCCAGCAAAAAGCUUUUACGGGCGGUCAGCACUCAGCCAGACUGGGUCAGUGUUCUGGGGGUGGUCCCGGGCUCCCCGGUGCUGCUCAGCGGCUGCAGGGGGGGCCUGCUGCGCCUUUGGCACUGCGACUCCAUGGCGUCACUGGGUGAAGUCCAGGGACACGACAGCCCCAUCAACGGCCUGGCCUCCAACAGAAGUCAUCUGUUCACCGCCUCAGACGACCGCACGGUGAGAAUCUGGGAAUCCGCUGUGUCUGUGGAGGAUCUCUGACGAGGAUUUGGUCCAAACUCCAGACUAUGCACACAUGAAGAGUUACUGUGAAACCCAAAGACUGGAAACAUGCGGACUCAAAGUACCUUCAAUCAUUGAUGCUUCUGCAAACCAAACACUCAACUCUGCUUCUGUUUUCCAGGUUGAAUAUUAGGUCAAAUAUUACUAAGAGCUGUUUUGACCUCUGACCUCUGAGCCGUUUCUUUCCCCUUAUAUUUAAGGGAAAACCAGCUGAAAUACAUGAAUUUGUUAAAUGUACUCAUCAUUUCUAGAGAAAUGCAUUUCCUGCUGUUCUAGUUAAUUUAUUUCAAUCAAUCUGCCCUUUGGAAGUUUGUCGGCAUUUUGACCCGUUUGUCGGCGCCGCUGCUGUACUUUAUCUCCCGGUGCCUGCUGUGUCUGUUUCUGCUCUCAGAUCUUUUCUUCCAUUUUAAACAUCUGGGGAAACAUUGGAGGAUAACUCUCCAUUCAUUUCUUAAACUCCCUCAUUCUGUUCAGGGUUGCUGGAGCCUAUCCCAGCCAAUGUUGGUGGAAGGUGAGGUACGCUCUACCAGGUUGGAUCACCUUCAUUUUCCCCUCACUAAAUCAGAGAGCACUCAUGAGAACCCGUCCCCACAUUCAGCGACCUGUAAGUCCCUCCCACUCGAUGACAUCAUCAACAGUGGCCGGUCGUCCAGGUUGAGGCGUAGCUGCCAGGGCUGGAGAUGCAGACCAGCAUCAGUGUAAUCCUUAAGGUCACGGUCACGACUGACUUAACGUAAAGCUCUGCGUCAGACCACGCCCACAUGAAGAAAUGCGUUUGUCCUCCACGGCAGCAUGCGGGUCCGGCGGUGGGGGGGGCUCUGUUUCCACCCCCACCAGGGUGUCACCUUUAAAAAACUAUUUCUGCACCCCUACCCCUCCAAAUGCCCCAACAGUUGCAGAGGUAGGGGAAGGAUCGGGCCUAAAAACACAACCUGAACGUGUUUCACUGUAGAAUUGAAUUUAGAAUUCAUUCAAAGUAGAAAUAGUAAAUCAACAUAUGAGCUUUUAUUUUGUAAAUAAUCGGAAUCAGUUCUAGCACUUCCUGUUCACCAAACUGCAAACUAGCUGCCAGUGCAGAACAAUCGCAGCGUCUCAGCUGUAGAUGAUGUGACAGAACUAUUUCAUGGCCUUUGACCCCAAACAGCACAGGACUCUGGGAAUCGUGGGGUGGAGUCUGACGGUGAGGAUCCCAAAAACACCAGCGUUAUUGCGACCAUCGUCAUGACGACACAUCUGCGUUUUGGCUCAGCUCUCCUGCAUGGAUGCUGGAGCUCCAUUCAGUCACUGAUGCUUCAUAUCUAUCCGUGUUUGAACGUCUCCAUCCGUGUCAUGUGACAGACGUAUGUGUGCCUCUACUCUCAGAAUGGGAUUUCAUCAUUAUUGAAAUUGUCACCACAAUAAAUAAAAACUGAUGUCGGUGGUUGGUCAUUUUGUUCUGUUUUAGCUGACAUGUUUGUGUGGAAAUAAACGAAAAAACCAUC